AGCGGACUUUCAUGUUAACCCCUAUUCCCCGUGUUAAGCAUCCUAGCUUGAGGGCAAUAUUACUUAAUACGGAGGUAGGCACGCCCCCUUCGGCAACCCUCGUCGGACUUAAUCCUUCUAUCCAGCUCUCUUCUCCGGAUAUGGAUGGGUACUACUCCUGCUCCUGCUACUUCCACUACAACAACAAAAUGGCCAUCGCAGCCAUUCCUAAGUAUAUUCACAGCAUGGUUCCUCCUCAAAACCACCCCUAAACUCCUCCUCCUCUCCCUCUCCCACUCACCCCUCACCCAACCCUCCCCAGUCGGCGGGGCCUGGUUUGCCGCCCCACUCCAUGCCGGAGCCGCAGACGUGAACAAAAACCAAAAGGUCAUCCUGCACAUCCUCGGCGGCGCCUUCGUGAUGCGCUUCGACCUCCACUCAAUCGGCUCCGUGCUCGCCUCCACAAUGACCCAAUACCCGCACGCAACACACACGCUCGUCGCCCAACACCGGCUCGCGCGCGAUCACUCCAGCUGCUUCCCAGGCGCGCUGUCGGACGAACUCACCUUCUCCGAACACGUACUCUCAUGCGGCGUGGCACCGCAGAACAUACUCAUCUCGGGCGACUCGGCCGGCGGCAACGUGGCGAUCUCGCUGCAGCAAUAUCUGCAACAGCAGCAAACCCCUCCGACGAACAACACGCCCCCGCUCCCCAGCGGCGUCAUGGCGAUCUGUCCCUGCGCCCACGUAACCUCAACCACCGCCGGCUCCGACUAGGUACUUGCGCUGCGCUAGCUCCCUUACCGUUACCGACAUCCCGAACGCUUCGUCCUUGCAGUGUGGGGGGGGGGGCAGACUCCUACAUCCCCUCCUGGGCCUCGCUAUCCCGUAUAUCUCGCCUCUGCACCGCCCCUUCAAAACCGACGUGCCGCUGUUCAUCCACGCGUGGCGUUCUACGAGUUGGUCGCGGGGGAGAUGGCGGCGGUGAACCGGUGUCAGGGUGGGUGCGGUUCUGUGAGGCGAGGGAGGGACUUCGCGCACGAUUUGCUGCUGAGCCAUGAGCCGUUGGGAGCGACGGGAGAAAAAAAAAUGGCGGUGGGGCUGAGGGAUGCGUGGGAGUUCUUUGGUAGCCGGGGGAGUUGGGCGGAGUGGGUAGGUAUCUAGUAGGUAAGCACCGUGAUAUAAUAUGACAUGACGUGAUAGGUACCUAGGAUCUAAAGGCCUAGGAGGCGGUAUGGUAUGCCUUGGUCUGACUGACAUGCUUAUGGGGGAUUCGGAUUUUUUUAACAUCGUUAAAUUUAGUGGAUAUAUUACGACAACUAUGGUCACUCAUGGGAAACCUUUUAUGUUGGGAGAGGGGUGCCAGAGAUAGGGGUAAUGUAACUUGAUUUGGAGUAUGUAGUGUAUCGCUGGGUACAAGGCCUCGUGAAAAGGGGUCGUUUCACACGUGUAACUUGACUUUGGACGCGAAAAACU